AUGCUUGUGGACUGCGUGAGGCUGCAGUCCAGACGGCGCCCGGCAUUGUCAUACCCGAGGAUUACAAGCGGGGUCGAGCAACGUGAGACCAGGGUCGACUACCUCGACAAGACCUCCACCCUUCUUGAUUUACUGAAGAAACGCCGGGAGAAUGAAGAGCUGGAGGCACAGAUUGAGGACCGGAAGAAGGCGUUGGAGAGUUUGAAGGAGCGCACACAGAAGAUGCAGGAGAAGAUUAGAAUACAGACAGAGUUACACGUAGAAUUAAAGAUGCUGCACAAGGAAGAAGAUGCUUCUCUAGCCGCUGAGAGGGCGGAGAAGGAGAGGACGCAGGAGCUGAGGAGCCAGGAGGAGGAGAGGAGGCUGGAGGAGGAGCACGUCCAACUGAUGGAGAGGAAAGAGGAGCUGAAGAGUCAAGUAGAGCGGCACGCUUUGUACAAUAAAUACAUGGAGCGGGUUGUCCAAAUGACAAAGUUCGAGGAUGUGCAGCAGCUCACCAACCAUCUAGAAAGUCUCCUCCACUUCAAAGAGCAGCUGUAUCAGAGGGAAGCCGAGUCCGACCAGCAGCUGGAGGAAAAGAAAAAAGCCCAGGUGACGCUGAAGGACCGGCAUGUGUUGGUGCGGCGGCAGAGGACCAGCGAGCUGUCGCAGCUGCAGGCCGAGCUCACGGGCACGCUCUCUGAAGUUGCAUCAUGGGAAAAGAAAUGGAACCACAUUCAAGAAACAGCCGCGAAGAAAACCCUACAACUGGGGGAGAUCAAGAUGGCCGCCCUCAACGCCUUUGAAUUGACGGGUGGGAAUGAAGAUGAAGAGGAACCUGUGGACAUUAACGACACAGAGAAACAGCUAGAGAAGGUCCAGAAGUUCUUCCAGGACCACGAUGAGUUCCUGAGACAUCAUCAAGCUCCCUCACCGACACACAAAGAUAACGGACAAGGAAAGAAACAAGGUCAAAGAGUCCAAAGUGGCUCUUCUUAAGACAUAUAAAAGUUUGUAUUUCAUGUCCAAGUGUUUGCAAAAGUGAAACUUUAAACACAGUGGGCUGAGGACGGGGGGACAAAGUGUAACCUUGAACACAGCGCAGUGAUCUCUUUUAAGACUGUCAAUCAAAAGCAUCCUUUGGGACAAAACUUAGCUCUCGUCUUCAUUCCAUCACUGGAGGACGUACAGUACCUGUUACCGUACAUUUGUGUGGUUUCACCUGACAGAAAACUGCUUGCCUGUCAUCUGUCAUCCAAUCAGAGCACUCGAGGACGACUUACAUCACAGGUUCACAUGAGUACUUCAGAGGAGUUUCCACUCUGUGCUGGUGUUGUUGUCCCAGCUCCACAGGUGCUAGAAACCCCAAACUAAUCUUUAUACGUACCUAUGCAGCUUCCAACUGCAUUUAUAUUUUAUUAUUUGUAUUUAUUUUAUUGCACUUAAAAAGCAAAAACAUAAUAGAUGAAUGGAAAAACAGA